ACAAAUUUUACAUUCUUUCAAAUAGAUUCGUACAUGAGAAGGUAGUAGAGCAGGCGGGAGUAGAACUCAAUCAACGCAUCCAUUCUGCUUUCAUUGGGUUUGGAGGGAGAGAGUAAAGCAGGCGACGGAUAGGCACAGUAAAUCGAUUAUGUCUGAGUUUAAGGAAGAAUUUGAACCGCUGUUCGAUUACAGUCGUGUGCAGCCAGUAUCAUUCACGGCCUUCGAUGCAGAUUAUGAUUCAACUCCUCCGGUUCGUUCCAAAAGAAGGCAUCUGUCCGAUAAAGUUGAGGAAGUAAAGAAAGAUGGGAAGGAAAUUGUACAUGUUCUGGACAAUGAGGACACGGAAGAGUGGGAUUGGUUACCUCCACCUCCUAAGGUUAGCUGUGAUACGAAUGCAAUCGAAGAAGAUGAGACAAUAAAGGAGCUGCGAUUAAACAAACAGCAGUUGGAAUUGUUUACUCAAUCUGCAAAAGAUGUUCUUAGAUCAGUAGAAGAGACUGCUAAAAGAGAUUAUGAGGCUAAUGCUAAUGCUAAUGCUAAUGCAACUUCAGAUUUAGAGCCCACAAAAAACCAAUCAGACCCUUCUUGUGAAAGACCAAAAGUAGUUAUCUCCAUCCAGGACAAGAAAGGACUUAAGCAAUUUCGAGUUUACAAGGAUGAGAAAUUUGAGAAGCUCUUCAAGAUGUUCGCUGAUAAAAAUAAGCAUGAUAUGGAAACUUUAACUUUCUGCUUUGAUGGUGAUAAGAUCAGUCCCAUGGCAACUCCUGAUGAUCUAGAGAUGGAAGAUGAUGAUAUUGUUGAAGUGCAUAUAAAAUGAAGGUAGGUAAUCAUGGUGUGAAGUUAUCUUUUAUAAUUCAUCAUUAUCAGUCCACACAGUUCAGUUUUAAUAUUUUAACAAUGUAAUAAAUAAUAAAACAAAAAUAUCUUGAUAUUUUAGUCGGUGAUUUGAAUCAUUUGAUGAAAAUUUUAUACAUUCAUUGUUCUUGUAUUCUCCUGCUUAUAGUCCUUGUUUGAUGAAUAUAUAAAUUUAUAAUGCAUAAUUUACUUAUUUAUUUUAAAAUAG